AUGUUUACUGGUAUUCUAUUUAUUAUUAUUACAUUUGUAAGAGUAUCAGCUAAUGAUAAAAUUUCAGCUGAUAUACCUCAAUUAAAUGGUUAUUAUCACAUGCCAAUACCAGGUGAUGGUAAUCAAUAUGUUUUUAAUAUUGAUUGGUCACAUUCAUUUAACCGUUAUUUGGUUACUGUAACUGGACAAACAUUAGCUUGGGCAACAGCAACAUUAAAUAUAAUUAAUAAUACUUCAGUAAAUCUUGUAUGUGAUAAUGGAUUGAGUUUACCAGGUAUAAUACAAUAUCCAACAGAUUUACCAACAAUUUGUUGGCCAACAUCUAAAGAUUUUACUUGUUGGAAUCGUCUUCUAUCCAAUAUAACACGUAUACAUGUUAUUAAUAUGAAUCAUUUAGAUGUUGGUUAUAAUGGAAUUCCAACAACGGGUUUCAUAAAUAAUAUUCUUAAUAUAUAUUUUCAUCAAUAUUUUCCUCGUGCAGCUAUUUUAGCUGAGCAAAUUCGUCGUAUAUCACCCGAUGAUUCAUUUGUAUAUACAACACAUCCAUGGUUACUUAGUAUGUUUUUUAAUUGUCCAUCAAAUUUUAUUCUUGCUGGUAUAAAAUUACAAUGUCCAUCAAAUGAUGAAUUAGAUUUAAUUGAACGAGCUAUACGUAUUGGUGCAAUAACAUGGCAUGCUGGUGCAAUGAAUAUGCAAUAUGAAUGGAUGGAUGAGCGUGCAUUAAAUCUUUCAUUAGAUUUAUCUGUUUCAUUAGCAAAACGUUUUCAUGUUCCUGUUCCAUGUGUUGUUAGUGUACGUGAUGUACCUGGAAUUCCAAUGGCAAUUAUUCGAUCAUUAAAUCAAUAUUUUUCACAAUAUUGUUCAUAUAAACCUAUGGUUACAGUUGGAGUUAAUGCUGGGAUAACUAAUUUUGAUAUACCAAAUGGUUUAUUUCGAUGGGGAACAAGUAAUGAGUUAAAUGUACUUGCAACAUGGCAUUCAUUUGGUUAUCCAAAUAAUCCUGGUUCAACAUUUACAAAUCCAGGUGGUUUAUCUCUAGGUGAUCUUGUUAUUAUUCCACAAAUUGGUGUUGGUUUAGCAUUUGCAUUCCGUACUGAUAAUCAAGGUCCACCUAUGUCCAUUGCUGAAAUUCAUCAAAAUCAUGAAAUUCUUCGGCAAUCAUAUCCAGGUGCUCGAAUUAUUUCAUCAUCAUUUCAAAAUUUUCUUGAAGAUGUAUCAGGAAUAUCGGAUGAAUUUCAAUUAUUUGAUCGUGAUAUAUCUGAUCUAUGGUUACAAGGUAUUGGAUCAGAUCCAAAACGUGUUCAACAAUAUCUAGCAUUACAAAGAGCUUUAAAUACAUGUUUUGAUCGUCAUUUAUGUACAAUAAAUGAUGAUCAAUUAAUUGAUGCUAGUCGAUAUCUUAUUAAAAUUCCUGAACAUACUUGGGGUUUACCAUCAGUAUAUGAUCAAGUCAAUUGGAGUAAUGAACAAUUUAAAAAAGUUAUUAAUACAGUACAAUCUUAUAAUAAUUGUCGAAUGGCUUGGCUUGAACAACGAGAUUUCUUUGACAUGUAUUUAAAUACAGUUCGUGAUCAUCCACUUUAUAGUAUAAUACAAGAUGAACUUUCCGCUGCAUUUAUUAAUGUAACAAGACCUAAUUUAGAUCAUUUUAAAAUUGUUUCACCAACAGAAACAUUUGUGCUUUUUCGUGAUUCAUCAAAUCCAAUAUAUGUUUCAUUCGAUAAAAAUUUAGGAUCGAUUUCAAAUUUAACUCGAAAUGAAAAAAUUCAUUGGACUGAUGAAAACUCUCAAUUAGCAACAUAUGUUUAUAUUACUUAUAAUGAAACUGAUUUUGUUCAAUUAUUAAAUACAUAUGGAAAUGCAGGUUUUGAUAAACCAAAUUCAACAGUAAAUGCCAAUCCUGUUUCACGUGUUUGGUUACCAACAUUAGAAAGUUUUUAUCGAUCUCGAAAUAAUGAAAAUGUUUUUCUUGCUCUAUUAAAUAUUGAUACUGAUGCUAUUAAUUUAUAUGGUGCUUUUAAUGAAAUAUGGUUAACAUAUACAUUUCUUGAUGAAACAACACUUAUACUUGAAUGGUUAGGUUUAAAUAAAACAGCUACACGUCUUGCUGAAGCAUCUAUGAUUAAAUUUUUACUUCCAAUGCAACCAUCAUGUUCAUUAAUUCAAUAUGAUACUAAAGUUGAUGUUCAACAAGCAGCAAAAAAUUCUUCAUAUUAUCAACGAGGUGUUGAUGCAUUUUCAUGUCAAACAAGUUUAUCUUCAAAAUGUUUUGUUACAAUUACUGUUAAAUCAUUUGAUACACCAAUAGCUUGUCCAAUAUUACAAGAUAAAGAACCAACAGUUCUUCCAUUUCCAGCACCAGGAAAUUCACCACCAUUAGAUGGUAUGGCUUAUAAUUUACAUAAUAAUGUUUGGGAUACUAAUUAUAUUUAUUGGUAUCCAUUUGUUUCGGAUGAUGAAUCAUGGCGAGCUCGAUUUUUAAUUAUUUUCGAUGGAUCAUGUAGUUAA